AUGAAUAAGUUUCAUCUCUUCUUGGUACUGUUGACUGUAACUGAGCUAUGUCUAGUGGAAAAAGCCGCUCCGUGGCGUUUGCGACGAUGGACCCGGAUUAUUUGUCGUUCAGUGUGUAGUUUCAAAUGUGUAGCAGUGACUGGUUGCCCUGCCUGUGCACCAGUAUGUGGAUACGGAUGUGGUAAAUUUUGCGGAAAGAAACGAGAUGCGAUUUGGCAGGUAGACAUGAGACCCGUGCCUUGCACGUUUUCUGAUUGGGAUUCCAAUGAAGACGGGAAAAUCGACCUAAAAGAAUUUGCAAUCACAUCCAAAGCAAGCACCAAAAAUGAAGAUCUCCGAAAAGCAUUCAAUCUUACUGACACGAAUGGUAGCCAACACAUUUCGAAGUCUGAACUUCACAAAGCAUCUUUUCUGUUCGAUAAAUGUAAAUAUUAA